AUGACACCAAAGGGACUGAACCGACGCUGGUUCUUUAAAGCCAUGCGUGUCCCGAAGCGCCAAAAAGCCAAGGGCAUGAAUCUUUGGAAUGCCUGGAAGGACGAGUACCCCUUGCCUGCGCAUUGCACGCGAUCGCAGUUCAUGAUGACCCCCACGACUUGCCUCGAUGAUAUGCCUCAAGGCAUGUCUGGUGAGUCUGGCGCGAGCAACUGGAAUACCGAAGACGAGUUCUCCUCCAGCGAUCCAGAUCACCCCAGGUUUCAAGGUGGUGGUGGAGGUGGUGACCCGAGCAGUUCGGACGAUUCUUCUGGAGAUGAUGAUGGUGGACAAGCUGGUACUAGAAUUGCCUAUACUAGAAGAUUUCCAGACUGGUCACUUUAAUAGACUUCAGCUUGAUAAUCUAGAUCUUGGAGAGAGCGCCCUUUUGAAAAACACCGAACUCUAGUAAUUGGAAAGUGUACUUUUUCAAAGUGUUUCGUCAUCAGAGUGAUCGCCUAACUUACUUUCGUCUUCAGCUCCCAGCACCGCCUUGGUCGUCUAUCGCCCGCCGCUGCGUGAUGAGCCAUCUCGCCGCAACUCGACCAACACUACGACCUCCACAGCCCGUGGCCGCAGCUCGUCUUGGCGUGCGCCUCCUGUUCGCACCCCUGGAAAGCGUGGAAACUCGAGGCUGCCGCACGACCGUCCGCGUCGCAGUAGAUCCAUAGCGGAGGACUCGGCCAUGGAUCAGAUGAAAAAGGAAAUGGCUGAUCUUCGCAAGCAGCUGCAGGAGUCAAAGCGUACUAUAAUAGUUAUCAUAGGUCCUUGCGAUCUGAGUUUUAGAAAUGGAAUCUUUUUGGUAUUGUAAGAAGGAGUCAAAAUCUAAAUCAUUGAAUAUUGAUUGACAUGCAGCUCAUAACGAGAUCAAAUUCAACACUCUCAACACAGGUUUCAACAACAAAGGAGCUGAGAAAGGUGGCCCUGGUGGCCGCGGUGGCACACAUUUCAACCGCAACGAUUCCCCUUCCGAUAAGAAGGCGAAGAAGAAGAAAUCCAAGGCCUCCCGCGAAACUCCACGCUCGCCCUUCCGUGAUGAUACACCGCCUCGUGGUCCUGGACAUUUUUCGGGGAAUCCUGCAUGUACUUCUAAAUAUUCUAAAAUUUAGAAAACUUAUUUAGAAAGAUUCUCUAGAAGUUAGUAUAGUCGUAUUACUCACUUCGCAACCAUUCCUGACUCUUCUACAGUGGAGUUAGUAUAGGCGUCGCAUUUACACAUUGCGACCCGAAAUGCGACAGGCGUCGCUCUUUUGCGAAGAGCCGGAUGCUGAAGGGCAAGGCAAGUUCGUUCGUGUUUUCCGCCUGUCGAAGUGCCCAGUGUCAAAGUGCCCAAUGUUGAAUGCUCGUUGAGGAAAUCCUAUCAGCUGCUGUUCGGGAGCUGAGAGGACCUCUAGCGUCCUCGAGAUGAAGCAACUGCGACUGCGUAUUGGCGUAGGCACUUCUCUGAUGAAAGUGCCCAUCGCUCCUCCCGCCCGGCAAGUUUCGUUCCGGGCUACAAAGGCUCCUGCGGCUGCGGUGCAGAUGCCGCAUUCAUUCGCCCGCGCGAAUGUGGGCCCUCUCUCGCAGGUGUUGUUGUGUUGGUUGUGGUCAGCAGCGUUGCGGCUUCGCUCAGAGGCCUCAUCAGGGAGUGAAGCCUGCUUCGCUCGUUAUCGUGACUCCACCAGUGCGAAGCACCACAGUAGAAGCUUUCUGCUUCUUGUAACUGGUGUUUCGUCUGCUGUUCGUCGUCUGGAGCUCUUCAUCUGGAGUUCUUCAUCCCUGACAGGCGGUUGGUUUUUUUGUUCACAGCUGCCUGCGUGACAGACUGAGAAAUAUGCGAUGGGUUUUCGCUGUGUAAUUUGGGGGUUGAUGGGCUGGCAGCUUCCGGACCAACCUAAAAGAAUCACAGUCAGGCUGUAGCAGGUCUAUUAUAGUAUGAUCUUCAUAGUAGUGGUUUCAUUUCUUCACAAGAAAAUACUUGACGAGUACUUAUAACCUAUCCUAGUCUAGCAAGUAUGCCGCAUCCAAGUCGCUCUCGGGGAGUAGGUUCGUCUCGCUUUAGAAGUGUUAAACAUGAAAACCAAGAAAGUGCUUUUGUAUUCGUAACCAUAAACGCACGUGCGCAGUCCAUAAAUGCCCUCUCAUCUCCUAACACCAGGCUCUUCUCGCGACAAUCCGGAGGAGGUUAUGCGCCAGCAGCAGCGUGCUGCCCGCGACCGUGGUCGCUCCAAGCGUCCGAAUGAUGUCCGUCCGUCCCCGACGGCGCCGCCGGUGAAGCGUCCGUCCACCACCACCGACUCCACCUCCAAGAAGACCUCCAACAAGGCGAAACCGGCUACGCCUCGACCUGUCGCACCCCGUGGCGGUGAUGGUGACGAGCAAAAGAAGAAGAAGAGUAAGGAGAAGAAGAAAGCGACGAAAACCGAGGAAGCUACACAUGAUCACGUUGUUCCCGAAUUUGCGGAACCGAGUGCUCGCGCCAAGUUACGCGCGCGUGCCGCUAAAAUGCGUGACCAUCCCAAGAACUCCGAGUCCAACAAUGAUCAUGUACAACAAGAAGAAGCAACAGGCCCUACUACGAUCAACAACAACAUCAAUGGUAACGAAGAUGAUGACUUGCAGCUGAAUGAUCCGAAUCUGCUCGAGGAAGCAUUUGGAGCGACUCCAUCUGCCACGGCUGGCGACAGUACCAACGUCAACGAUCAUCAUCCGGAGUUCACCCACCACAGUGAUGAAGAGCUUCUUCUACGUGGGCCGCGUAAUCAGUCCAACAACGGCAUGAACGCUACCGCGUCUACAUCCGAGCAGCACGACACAGGAGUCCAGGGCAACGCGAUGAACCAGGAGCAGCAGCAGUCUGGCAAUGUCACGUUGGACGAGCCGACGACCCAAAACGGUGGAGGCGACAUCCAUACUGAAAUGGCCGACGGUGGUGGCGACAACGCUGGCGAAGACAUCGGAAAUGGCGACGGUCUGAGCGAAUUCUGCGAUAUGGAUCUGUCUGACUACUUCGACGACAGUCUGAGCUCGGAUGCCUUUCGCAGGAUGGAAGAGGAGCUGGAAGCGGCCAUGGCAGCUGCUGGCAAUGUGGGCAUCAACCUGGAGGAACCGGUCAUGAGCGAGGACGAUGACUCCAGCUACCAUCCACCGGAGGAGGAGGCAACUGGCAUGGACUCGAACAUCAACUCGCUCUCCUCUUCGACCUCCAGCUCCUCCUCGUCCUCGUCCUACGGCGAUCUCAGCAGCAUGCACGCUUCUCAGAAGCGCGGGGAGCAGGAGUAAACGAAGACCUUGAUGUUGUUGUUGAUCUCCGUCUGUCGCUUUUUCUACCACCAUCUCUAAUCUCGUCCGAGAGCUGUGACGCACCCUCCGCGUCAGCAGAUGACCGUCCAAUUUUCGGUCAGGGAUUGGCGAAUUACUUGCGGUGGGUAGAAUCCUUGGUAGCAGAUGAAGAUGAAGGAGAUGAUACAGAUUGGAACUUGAUGAGUGAGGAUAGCACCUUUUUCGACGGUAAAGAGGAUAAGUAAUCCGUCUACACAUUCAGCGACUUGCGUUUUUCAAGAAAACAAUCAUACUCGGACUUCUCAUUUCAUCAACUUCAGUCAUCAUGUUUUACGACGUUUUGCUAGUAAGUUGUUGCCCAAGUUUCACGCGUUUACUUCAUCAUAAAAAUGACGAUGUUAUAACAUGUUGGUGUUAGUACAACAAAAUAUUUACAUACUGGAAGUGUAAGAUUGAAGACCCAAAAAUCAUUCAUUUAGAUUUUUUAGAAAAUUUAGAUCAAGGCUUGCUGGCAUUUUCCUCCUUGCUCCACUCAUGUGGAAUGUAGACCUUGCUUUAUAUUUCACAUGCUUGGAGAAAUAACUCCUCUCGUCGCGUUCCAUCAUAUUGAUUUUCGAAAAUUUAAUUUCAUCUAGAAGUACUGCAUGAGAGAUAUCCGAGGACACACACGCUUUCAUCAAGAUUUAGAAGUUAGUAAGUUGUUACGCAUACUAGUUUUGAUGUCAUUGGUUUCAUUUCUUUUGCUCGUUAUUUAUCUUUCCAUAUUGAAAGAGUCCCAUUUUGGUAUUCUGCAUAGAAUGUUGGAGAAAAACGUGGCUGAAUGAUGAUACCCACGACAGCUGCACACGAAGAAAAAACAAGUCAGCCCGGAUUGCCGCACGUGGAUCAUGUUUCGGCCCGGUCGUUCAUCAUGAC